AUGUUGCCUAACCUGCUGAGUGUUUCCAGCAUUUCCUGGUUUGAGUUUCACAUACUAAGACCAUUUUUUUAAACUGUACAUCCAUUGUCAUUUCACCCAAAUCUUUGAUUUCACCAUCCAGACCUGGUCCAUUCCAGCAAGAAAUGAUUGGUUGGCUCCAGUCCAAUCACGUCCUCUGCGUAUGUGCGUGCUCUAUUCACACACAUACCAACACCAAAAAUGCAGACCUCUCUUCAAUGUGAACAGAAAGCCUCGCAAUGCCUUUCAUUUCAGGGCUGGGCGCUCACACGCACGCCUUGAAAGGGUUUUUUUGUGUGUGUCUGAUUUCAUAAGAGGAGUGAAAUUCGACACUGCUUCCUGAUUAUCUCCAUCCUCUCCGGAUUCCAGUACAGAGAGGGAGUGAGAAAGAAAGAAUCGAAGAGGAAACAAGUUUGGCUGGGAUAAACAAGAGCGGUGGAGCCAAGAAUUUCAGCUGCGGGAGAGUGGGAGAGAUCGGCCUCUCUCCGGGGAUCUGCAAGGAACAACCGGCUUCAGGAAGAGAAUCUGCUUGCGAAACAUGGAGAGGAGGGAGCAAAGUGGAGAAAGCAAGGAUGCCCAGAGCAGGUCUGGAGGUCAUGAUGGUUCCUCGCGGGUCAUCAGCAUCGUUUUCCUGAUGCUCCUCAUCGAUUUGCUUGGGUUUACCCUGAUCCUGCCACUCCUGCCUUCCAUUUUGGACUACUACGGAAAGACUGACCAGGAUGGUGUUUAUCGAUGGCUGCAACACUCCGUGGAAUGGUUUGCUAAUGUGAUUGGAGUCCCCAGUGUAAGAAAAUAUAACACCGUCCUCUUUGGGGGGCUCAUUGGAUCCAUCUUCUCAUUGCUGCAGUUCCUCACCGCUCCAGUUACCGGUGCAGCCUCUGACUACUUUGGCCGCAGACUGCUGAUGAUGGUAACCACAGUCGGGCUCAUUAUUUCCUACCUGCUGUGGGCACUGUCCAGGAACUUUGGGAUUUUCCUUCUGUCUCGGGUGGUGGGAGGGAUCAGCAAAGGGAACGUCAGCUUGUCGACAGCCAUCAUCGCAGACCUGCCGUCUCCCCAGGCACGCAGCAAGGGCAUGGCGAUGAUAGGUGUUGCUUUUUCUCUGGGCUUCACCAUCGGGCCCAUGAUCGGGGCCUUCCUUGGAUCACGGGCCGGCGAGGACGAAGCCUUCUAUGUCCAACCUGCGCUGCUGGCAAUGGCGUUUGUGGUAUCCGACCUCCUCUUCAUCUUCUUCUUCCUCCCAGAGACCCUCCCGCGAGAGAAACGGGUCACCUCGAUCGGCAACACCUUCCAGAGUGCUGUGCACCUCCUCAGCCCAGUGGCGCUUUUUCAGUUCUCUGCUAUCCAACAAAGGAGAGAUUCUCCCUCUCCAGAAGGAAUGCGGGUUCUGAAAGUUCUUGGGCUGGUGUACUUCCUCUACCUCUUCCUGUUCUCCGGCCUGGAAUACACCCUCAGCUUCCUCACCCAUCAACGCUUCCACUUUGACAGCAUGCAACAAGGGAAGAUGUUCUUCUUUGUGGGAAUCACAAUGGCAUUGGUCCAGGGAGGAUAUGCUCGGAGGAUCCAACCUGGAGAUGAGAUCAAGGCAGUGAGGAGGGCCAUCGCUCUUCUGAUCCCAGGAUUUCUCAUCAUUGGCUGGGCCAGUUCAGUGGUGUUCCUGUACAUAGGACUCCUCUUUUACUCGUGUGCUGCUGCUGUCGUCAUCCCCUGCCUCUCCACUCUGGUCGCUGGAUACGGUGCAGCUAAUCAAAAAGGAACCGUGAUGGGAAUACUUCGCAGUUUGGGGGCUUUGGCCAGAGCUCUGGGACCUACGUUGGCAGCUACAGUGUACUGGCUUGGAGGUGCAGAGGUAUGCUUCACUGUAGCAGCAGCCGCCUUCCUCCUUCCUCUCGCCAUCAUCUCAAUCCCCAAGGCACAGAAAGCUGAGUGACGUCCAGGAAACUGAGGAGAAGCAGAGGGAGAAGAGUUUGACCCAAGCAAACGUCACCAGGACAGCAUGGAUUCCCUUCAAGCAACUGCGAGCUGCGUUGAAAGCAAAAUCUAGCAAUGGCUGGUUGCUUUUAUAAAACUGAAAAGUUCACAGCCAAUGAAGAUCAGGGAAACUGUCUGUCUAAUGUAGAAAUGUGAUGUUUAUUGGGUAGAGUACAAAAAACUUCUGUAAAGUAAUUUGUUAUGCGGGUCUUAAAAAUUAUUAUUUUCCUUC